AUGAGAUUAGAUAUCAAAAAGACUUUUUCUGCACGGUCAGAUCGUGUGAAAGGAAUUGACUUUCAUCCAUCUGAGCCCUGGGUGCUAACGACUCUGUACAGUGGAAAGGCUGAAAUAUGGUCCUACGAAACAAGUACUUUGGUCAAAACCUUUGACAUCACCAAUGUUCCCGUGAGAGCAGGUAGAUUCAUUGCUCGUAAGAAUUGGGUUGUAUUGGGGUCUGAUGACUUUCAGAUCCGAGUCUACAACUACAACACUGGAGAAAAAGUGGCACAGUUUGAAGCCCAUCCAGACUACAUUCGUGCUAUUGCUGUUCAUCCUACACUAUCCUAUGUUUUGACCUGUUCAGAUGACAGUAAAAUAAAGUUAUGGAAUUGGGAUCACAACUGGAAGUUAGAACAAGUGUUUGAAGGUCACCAGCAUUAUGUCAUGUCUGUUGCAUUCAACCCAAAAGACCCCAACACUUUUGCUUCAGCUUCUUUGGACAGAUCGGUGAAGAUUUGGUCAUUGGGAUUGAGUGUGCCAAAUUUCACUCUGUUGGCUCAUGAGACCAAGGGUGUCAACUAUGUCGAAUAUUAUGCCCAAAGUGAUAAACCAUAUAUAAUCACGUCCUCGGAUGACAAGACUAUCAAAGUUUGGGAUUAUCAAACUAAAUCAUGCGUUGCUGUGUUAGAGGGACAUAUAUCUAAUGUUUCAUUUGCAGUAUUCCACCCUGAGCUCCCUUUAAUUGUCUCUGGUUCCGAGGAUGCGACCAUCAAGGUUUGGAAUGCCAACACUUAUAAACUUGAAAAAUCCCUCAAUUACGGACUUGAAAGAGCCUGGUCGGUAUCAUUCAGAAAAGGAUCCAACUUAGUGGCUGUUGGUUUUGACGCUGGUCAUGUGGUUUUGCAAUUGGCAGAUGACAAGCCUUCUGUAUCUAUGGACUCCUUGGGAAAAUUGAUUUAUGCCAAGAACACCGACAUUUUCACUUCUGUUAUCAAACAAUCCGACUCUGCCAACACUCCAGAUGGAGAGGUGCUGCCACUAUCACAUAAAGAGUUGGGAUCUGUGGAAAUUUUCCCGACUUCUCUAACGCAUUCGCCUAACGGAAGAUUUGUCACAGUUACCGGUGAUGGUGAAUACAUCAUAUACACAGCUUUGGCUUGGAGAAACAAAUCAUAUGGAUCGGCACUAGACUUUGUGUGGGCUCAUGAUUCCAACUUGUAUGCUAUCAGAGAGUCAGUUGAUUCGGUUAAAAUUUUCAAGAAUUUCCAAGAACGAACCAAUAACCCUAUUGAAUUGGUUUACUCAGCCGAUAAAAUUUUUGGAGGUGCAUUGCUUGCUGUCAAAUCUGAAGGCUUUGUCUCCUUCUUUGACUGGGAAUCUGGGAAAUUAGUCCGAAGAGUCGACGUUGAGGCUACCGAUGUUGUUUGGUCUGAAUCUGGUGAGCUCGUCUUGAUUAUAUCAUCUGAGUCAGCCUAUGCUUUAAGAUUCGAUCGUGAUAUAUUUUCUGAAGCACUCGCAAGCAACAAUCUGGACCCAGAAGAGGGCUGUGAAGAGUCGUUUGAAGUUCUUUAUGACGUUAACGAGUCCAUAGCAAGUGGUAAAUGGGCCGGUGAUGUCUUCAUCUAUACUAGUGCCACCAACAGACUAAACUACCUGGUGGGAGGAGCAAUCAGCAACAUUGCUCAUUUUGAUAAGAACGUUUUCCUGCUGGGGUACCUUCCAAGAGACAACAAGAUCUACGUUGUUGACAAGAAUGCAAACGUUGUAUCUUACCACCUAUCAUUGAACGUGCUUGAAUAUGAGACUGUUGUGUUGAGAGGAGAUUUGGAACAUGCAAAUGAGAUUUUAAAGACUAUUCCGGAAUCAGAAUUACCCCAAGUGGUUAAAUUCCUUGAUAAGCAAGGAUAUAAGGAACUGGCCCUGAAAAUUACUGACAACAAAGAUCAGAAGUUCGAUUUUGCUGUUCAACUAAAAGACCUAGAUACUGCCUAUGAAAUUGCCUUGCAAGCUGAUUCUGAACAAAAAUGGAAGGUGCUAGGUGACGCCUCCCUUGCAGCAUGGAAUUUAAAAGUUGCCGUUGAAGCAUUCGAAAAGUCAAGUGAUCACGAAUCUCUAUUGUUGCUGUACACAUCAUUGAACGAUACUGAAGGACUGAAAAAGCUAGCAGACCUAUCCAAGAGUGUAGGAAAGUAUAAUGUUUCUUUUUCGGCCUACUGGGCUGCCAAUGACGUCAAAGGGGCUACGCAACUAUUGAAGGAGUCCAACAGACUUCCAGAAGCAUCAUUAUUUGCGCUCACAUACACCGGUGACAAGACAACAAUUAAUGACUGUGUGGAGCUAUGGAAGAAGUCGCUAGUUGCAGAGGGAAAACAGAGCAUUGCUGAGCGUAUCUGUACUCCAGCUGUGGAUGCUGACAAGUUCCCAUUAGUCGGAGAUAACCAGGAAGAGAAGGAGGAGGACUUGAUAGACGUGUCUGAUAAUGUAGAUGUUUCUUCAGGGGCCCCAGUCACAGCUCCAGUUGCUGUAGAAGUUCCUGAUCAUGUUGAGGAGGAGCUAGUACAACCAACUUUGACGCCAGCACAGGUACCACCAGCAUUUGUACCAGCAUCUACCCCAGAGGUAGCACCAGAAUUUCAAGCUGAGGCCAUUAAACCUGACGAACUGACAGAUGAAGAAGACGAUGCUUACGGAGAAAACAUCGAUGAUGAACUCGAUAACUUGGUGUAA